AUGCUUAAGGUGUGCAGUAGUAGUACAGUAUUACUGCUCGUGCUGGCCCUCGGGAGCAUUGCUAGCGGGCAGCAGCAAGAGCGGGUGUGUGCCACCGCACGUUACACGGCCGAAUGCGAGCAGCUUCAGCGCGGCGUGUCGGAUGUGAUCUGCGUCCAGGUGCAGGACUCGGUCGAGUGUGCUCAGCGUAUCCGCAACGGAACGGCCGACUUUGGGGUGUUUAGCGCCGAAAGCGUACUGCUCACGGCCAGCCUCGGCUGGGAUGGUCUGACGGUCGUCAAGGAGUUGCGCAACGCCGAGCGGGUCCGGGAGCCGGUCGACUUCCAGGCGGCCGUCGUAGUGCGCAGUAACCACACCGGUGGCAUCAACGGAUUGCGCGGCCUGCGCUACUGUCAUCCCGGGUUCUUCUACAGCCGCACGCAGCGCUGGACCGAAGGAGUUUUGAAGCACUUCGAGCGCCUGGUCACACCGACCCAGUGCGAAGACUUCCACACCGUCACCGAGAUCGAGGCGGCCGGUCUGUCGCGCUUUUUCGGAGAAUCCUGCCGUCCCGGCCUGUGGUCCCAGAUACCUAAGGAAGAUGCCGAUUUAAAGGAAAAGUACUCGAAUCUCUGCACGUUAUGUCCGAACUCCACCACCUGCUCGUACGAUGGCUACUCCACACCGCAUCAGUCGGCCCUGCAGUGUCUCGAGCAUAGCGCAGACGUUGUCUACGCCUCGACACAGGACAUCCAACGGUUCUUCAACGAUCGCAGCUCAAUCGCAAACGACUUUGCGUUCCUCUGCCCGAACGGCACCAUCCAGCCGGUCACCGGCACACCGUGCAGUUGGCUCCGACAGCCCUGGCCUACCGUUAUGGCAUCCACGACCAAGGCGAUACAAAUUUCGACGCGCAUCGAUCAGUGGGUGCGCAGCACGCAAACCGCUCCGUCGCUGUGGGAGGAGGCCAUCGUGCGAAUCCUAACACGGGACGACCAGGAAAAGAUCGUCGCCGUUGGCGAUAUUCAACUGCCGGCCGACUACAUCCGUCCGUUCCGUCCGAUACCGGUCGUUUCCGAUCUGUGCCAGACGACGGUCCGCUGGUGCACGACGUCGCUCGAGGAGAAGCAAAAGUGUGACGUUCUAUCGCGGGCCGCACUGACUACCGGCGUGCUGCCGUACGUGGAAUGCAACAAUCCCACCACCAACCGGAUGACCUGCCUGGACAAUAUCGCCAACAACCGGGCCGACUUUGUGGGUAUCGACUCGAACUACGGUUUCCUGGCGCGCCAGAAGGACCUGACGGCCGCGAUGUACCAGGAGACGGAGAAGGAGAAGUACUCCUCGGUGGUGGUGCUCGUCCACGAAGGGAAGGGUGUCGACCGGUUCGAGCGACUGCGCGAUUCGAAGGCAUGCUUCCCGGAGUUCGGUGGAAUUGCUUCGGUCGCGUUCGUUAAUGUGGGACGAUCGCGUGGAAUUUUCGAUCGCAACGAGUGCGACUACAGCCGUCUGAUGAGUGACUUCUUCUCUGAAUCAUGCGCUCCGGGUUCGCGUGACAAGCUGCACGAUCCGACCGGAGAGAACUCCGCAAACCUGUGUGCCCUCUGCCGGUACGGAGAUACGCCGACACCGCGCCAGGCUAGCAACGACGAAGACGAUACCGACGCCUACACCGAGCAACCGAGCGACGAUCUCGAACAGCCGCCGGUCGAGGGUAUCGAUGAAGCGCUGCGUCCCAAGCUGAUCGAGGUGAAUGCCGACCCGGCCCUGCUUUGUGCGGCCAGUGAAUCAAACCGGUACUACGGUACACGCGGGGCCCUGCGCUGCCUCCAGGAGGCCGGAGAUGUGGCGAUCGUCGAAGCACAAAACCUUGCCGGCCAUGCCCAGUUCUUGGCGAUGAACGAAAGCAGCUAUCGGGUGCUCUGCCGCAACGGUUCGCUGGCCAGCUACACCGGUUUCACCGUGGACGAGGAGUGCUACCUGACGACGAUCGUCGACGGCGAGAUCGUGGUCCGCCGGCAGUGGGAAAAGUCGGACAACAUUGUCCACAUGCUUAGCUCGCUCGAUGUGUACCUGCAGAAUGAUCCCGACUUCCGUAUGUACAACAUUUUCGGUGGCAUGCGCAAUCUGCUGUUCGAGGAUUCCGCCCUUGGUCUCGUUUCGCCCCAGCACGCCGAGCUCGGUGCGUCCGUUCGGAACUACAUUCGGCUGUUCGAGAACAUCGAGGACUGCCAGAAUUCGGCCCCAUCGACAACGCUGGCGCCCGGUGGCACCGGUGGACGCGCAGCCAUUAUUACCGUGAACUUGUUCCUCACGAUUCUUCUCGCGGGCAUUAUCGCCUGGAGAUUGUAAGCUGCUGCUCAUGGGAGAAAACAUUCACCUCAAACGUAACGUCUACAUCAAAUGUGGUCCCAGGAGCAGUGUCGAGAAGCGACAAGAACCACAUUCAUUCUUUUUUUAAAUAAAAAAAAACAACAUUCACAACAACCACCAUGUAGCAUUUAGAUCGGGGCCAUAUUACGGCUUGAAAAUAAUAUAGUGUACAGCGAAAAUCUAAUGGUUGAAACAUAUACAAAUAAACGAAAUUGUGUUAGACAGA